UUUUUAUAUUAUAUUUUUCAUCAGAAAAUUUCAAAAAUUCAAUGGGCUUCAAGUAACCGGAGUUAUGGACAAGCCCACCACAAUUCUAAUGACCACGUCGCGCUGUGGAAAUUUGGACUAUUUAAACGACAAAAUGGCUGCAUUUACAACAGUUGCUUCUUGGAAGAACAAAAGUUUAACAUGGGCAGUGAAAACCUACAGCAAAACAUCGAAGUUAACAACAAAAGAGCAGUUAAAAAUUCUGGAGAGAGCAUUUGAACACUGGUCAAAAGUAUCGGCUCUUAGCUUUACCAAGGUAAAAGACGACAUUUCAGCCGACAUAAAACUGAGUUUCGAGACACGUGAUCAUGGAGAUAACAAUCCAUUUGACGAAAGAGGUAAUAUACUCGGACACGCAUUCUAUCCGAACAGCGGACAUUAUCAAGGUAGCGUGCACUUUGAUGAUGACGAAGAAUGGACUGCAAAUACCACAUUAGGAACUAACCUAGAAUUUGUGGCCGUCCACGAGCUGGGACACGCUUUGGGAUUGGCCCAUUCUUCAAACAGCAAAUCUGUUAUGGCACCUUUUUAUAGAGGUUUCGUGAAGGAUUUCCAUUUGCAUCCUGAUGAUAUUUACGGUAUUCGGAGUCUUUACGGUGAAGCAACAACGACUCAGUCAACAACUACAUUAACUACAAUAGAAACUGUUGAGACUUCCACAUCUCAUAACCACAACGCUGCAUCUUAUCAGGUUAUGUCCCUUGUGAUGCCACUUUUAAGUCUAAAGGCUUAUACUGAUCUGGUGCCAUAACUUUGCUUUUUUGGUUGAAAUCACGGAAUAUUCUUGUUUGUGCAACUAGAAACUCAAGCAAACCAGUGAAUCUAGCAAUGUAUUUUGAAAUAAAUUUAUAUUUUUACUUAAA